AAUUUUGUGGUUAUUGCUCGAGUGUAUUUGAGAAAACUCUCAAAGCCAGAAAAAUGAGCAAACGCAAAGCACCACAAGAAACGUUGAACGAGGGGAUCACAGACUUUCUAAUCGAAUUGGCCAAUUAUGAGAAAAAUGUCAACAGGGCUAUCCACAAGUAUAACGCAUACAGGAAAGCGGCUGCGGUGAUUGGCAAAUAUCCACAGAAGAUCAAAAGUGGUACGGAGGCUAAGAAACUGGAUGGGGUCGGUGCAAAAAUUGCAGAGAAGAUUGAUGAAUUUUUAGCCACUGGAAAACUGCGUAAACUGGAAAAGAUUCGCAGUGAUGACACUAGCUCCUCAAUCAACUUUUUAACCAGAGUGACUGGAAUUGGCCCGGCUGCUGCCAGAAAGUUUUAUGAAGAAGGAGUCAAGACUUUGGAAGAUUUGAAAAAGAUUGAACACAAACUCAACCAUCAUCAACAGAUCGGUCUUAAGUAUUUUGAAGAGUUUGAGAAGAGAAUUCCUCGUUCUGAGAUGCAGAAAAUGGAGGCUCUGAUACAGAAGGAGCUAGAGAAAGUGGACACAGAGUACAUUGGCACCAUCUGUGGGAGCUACAGGAGAGGUGCAGAGUCGAGUGGUGAUAUUGAUAUCCUUCUGACCCAUCCAGACUACACCUCACAGUCUGAGAAACAGCCAAAGCUUCUUCAUGCUGUUGUGGAUCACUUGGAGUCCAUAGGCUUUGUCACAGACACCCUUUCCAAAGGAGACACCAAGUACAUGGGUGUGUGUCAGGUGCAGAAAGGAGAGGAUGAAGAGGAGGACUAUUUUCAUCGUCGCAUUGACAUCAGGCUUAUCCCAAAGGAUCAAUAUUACUGUGGUGUGCUGUACUUCACUGGUAGUGACGUAUUCAACAAGAACAUGAGAGCUCAUGCAUUAGAGAAAGGCUUUACCCUCAACGAGUACACCAUUCGUCCAAUAGGGGUCACCGGUAUGCCAGGGGAGCCGUUGCCGGUUGAUAGUGAAAAGGACAUUUUUGACUAUAUCCAGUGGAAAUACAGAGAGCCGAAGGACCGCAGCGAGUGAAACAGUGAUGGGGGACUCUAACAUAAAGCAAAUUCAGACCUUACAUAAGUGUGUGUGCGUGUGUGAGUGCGCUUUAUAUAUACAUACAUACAGUAUGUAUAUAUCUUCAAAUAGGUCAUGAUUGUGCUUUUUACUGAGGAUAGAGACAUAUAAAGGGAAAAAGGAGACAAUGUGUUUUUUAUUUAUAAGUGCCGAGGACAUUUUAUUAGAAUUAGUCAUAAAGCCAUCUUAAAGAACACUUACCUUACUAUAGUGUUUCAUACACUGAAAUAAU